GGCGCGCUCGACCUCUCGGCGCUCGCCUGCUCGGGUCUGGCGGCGGCGGCGUGGCUGGACCGGGUCGGGCGCGUGCGGCGGGGCUUCCGGGCGGCAUGGAGGGGCCGGGAGCUGCUGCGCGGGGGAACGUCUCCCUGCACAACUUCAGCGCGAGGCUGUGGGAGCAGCUCGUCCACUUCCACGUCAUGCGGCUGACGGACUCGCUCUUCCUGUGGGUGGGGGCCACGCCGCACCUGCGCAACCUCUCCGUGGCCAUGUGCACCCGCUACGCUCCGCUCCUGCUCCUCCGGCAGCCAGCCCCUCUGUUACAGCAGCUCCGUCCCAACCUUGGGGUCAUCUUUGGAUCCCCCCUCCCACGCUCCACGCGCCCAGUGUCAGUGAAGCAGCAGGCACUGCCGUCAGCAGACCCUGCAGAGUCCAGCCUCUUCUCACCUGCUGCCUGGGCCAAGCCUGCAGGCCCCCUUUGCCACGUUAUGGGUUUCUCAGAGCUGCUGUUGCAAAGUGCCACAGACAGGGUGGCUGAAAACAACGGAGGCUGAUUCCCUCCCAGAUCUGGAGGCCAGAAGUCUGAA